AUGGUCAUGGACAUGCCGGAGCCAUUAUUUAUGGCCGAGCUCGACAGCGUCAGGACCUUGCUGAAUAUGUUGAAAGCUAUUCAGAUCAAAGGAUAUAUGACUUGCGAAAUAGACUCAGAAGUCCUCACAUUUGUUUCUCAAGAUAUGCAUUCGAUAAAAGCUUCAGCGUACAUGAAGCGAGAGCACUUUUCACAAUAUCGGUUUACAGGCUCCGACGAUACACCGCGAUUCACAGUAGGCUCGGACGCGCUGAUCGGAUGCCUUGGUAUAAUAGCCUCCAACCAAAACGAUGGGUGUAAGAUGAAAUAUGCUGGUGAAGGGGCUGUCUUUGAGAUUAGAGGCGAAAAUAGAGAGGCUAUAGAGAUCUGUAGGCUAAAGACCAUGGAACCUGAAGAAGUGUUUAUUGGCCUGAAUCUAGGAGAUAAAGUAUCUUGGCUGCAAGCCACGUUAAUGAAGAGCGAUUGGUUUAAGGAUGCACUGAGUGACUUGGACUCAACGUGUGAGUCAGUGACGUUUCACAUUUCACCCGACGACCAGUUCUUUCGACUGUCGGCGAAUGGAGAAAGUGGUGAAUGGAAUAUGGAAUACCCUGCACGAUCCGACGCAUUUUUAGAGUUUCAUGCCGAGACAGAAGUCAAGUUUAGCUACCGGUAUUCUCACAUUGCUUUAUGCAAGAAGGCACUGGAAAUAUCGGAGCAUGUUUCACUGCGAACGGAUCCAUAUGGCUACCUUGGGUUGCUGUUUUCAGUAGAGACAUCAGCAAAGGCAGCUUAUGUCGAAUUUGUUAUUGCACCCCUGGAUACUGACGAGACUUCCUCACAAAGUGAUUCGGGAACGUAGUAGAAGGAGAUGAAAGGGGGUUUGCGGGUUCUAUCCCUCUUGGUCAAUGAUUUUUUUAAUACAAGAGAAAUUAGUAGUAAAGAGUUUAAUUACACUGGCAACAUUGG